AUUCGGAGGCAGCAGCCCUGAUUAGUUCCAGCAGAGGGAGGGAAGAAAGAGCAGCGCAGGGAGGGAGAAUGAUGGCUAUUUAAGGGUUGGAGUUUAAGCAAAUGGGGGUCUGACCUAAACUACUGCUCACACUUUAAAAGAUAUCUCUCUCUCUCUCUCUCUCUCUCCGUCUCAGUAAAAGCGCUGACUGACGGGAGCUGCCACCUCGCUGGAGAGGCUGCGGUCUCAACGAGAGCAAAGCAUCUAUUUUUUUUUCUUCUUUUUCUUCUUCUCGACUUCAACGAGUGCGCGACGACUCUGAGGAGCGCCUCAUCCGACCUGCGAGGGCGGCUGACAGAACUCUUCCCCUUAACUAAGGAUUGGCCUUUGGUCAGAGGCUCAAAUAUUUAUUAGCAUGGGUACGCGAGGCGCUCUGAGAUGCCUCCUCCUCCUCGCCGCCUUGCUCAGCUCAUCGGACGCCGGGCUCGUGAAGAAAAUCCUACGUCAUCGGCGUCAGACUCCGCAACCCGCCGAAGAACACAACCUCACGCUGCCGAGCGCCGAGCGGCCCCUGGUCUUCAGCCACGUCUACAACAUCAACGUUCCCGCCAGCUCCCUGUGCUCGGUGGACCUGGACGCCCCGGAGGGCGCGAGGCUUCGUCCCCGGGACGCGGGCGAGCACGCCGCCCAGCACCCCGUCGAGCACGCGGUCGACGGGGAGAACCAGAUCGUCUUCACCCACCGCAUCAACGUACCCCGGCGGGCCUGUGGCUGCAGCGAGGACCUGCCCGGCCUGAAGGACCUCAUGAGCCGCCUGGAGAUGCUGGAGGGAGAGGUUUCGGCGCUGAGAGAUAAGUGCCACGGCGCCGCCGCCGCCUGCUGCGGCGCUCAGGUCACGGGCGAGGUGGCAACCAAACCUUACUGCCACGGUCACGGAAACUACAGCGCCGAAACCUGCGGCUGCGUCUGCGAGCCGGGCUGGAAGGGACCGAACUGCACCAAACCCGAGUGUCCCGGUAACUGCCGGAAGCGAGGCCGCUGCGUCGACGGGGGCUGCAUGUGCGACGCACCCUGGACGGGCUCCGACUGCACCAAGCUCGCCUGCCCCAAAGACUGCCACGGCCGCGGCCUCUGCCACAACGGCACCUGCCGCUGCGACGCCGGCUACGGCGGGGAGGACUGCGGCGAGCGCACCUGCGCCAACGACUGCCGCGGCAACGGUUACUGCGCGGACGGCGCGUGCGUCUGCGCCGCCGGCUUCAGCGGAGACGACUGCUCUCGGCUCGCCUGCCCUAACGACUGCAACGACCGGGGCACCUGCUUCAACGGGAUGUGCAUCUGCGACCCGGGCUACCAGGGCGCCGACUGCAGCCAGCUGGCGUGUCUGAACGACUGCAACAGCCGCGGCCAGUGCGUCAACGGGCGCUGCGCCUGCGACGUCGGCUUCCAGGGCGACGACUGCGCCGAGCUCUCCUGCCCCAGCGACUGCCUGCGCCGCGGCCGCUGCCUCAACGGCCAGUGCGUGUGCGAGGAGGGCUUCGCCGGGGAGGACUGCGGCGGCAGGACCUGCCCCUCUAACUGCCACGGGCGCGGCGAGUGCGUGGAGGGCCGCUGCGCGUGCCGCGCUGGCUUUGCCGGUCUGGACUGCGGCGAGCUGAGCUGCCCCGGCGGCUGCCGAGGCCGCGGCCGCUGCGCGGACGGGCAGUGCGUCUGCGACGAGGGCUUCUCCGGGGAGGACUGCGGCCGGAAGGCGUGCCCCAACGACUGCCUGGCGCGGGGCCGCUGCGUGGGCGGCGCCUGCGUCUGCCGGGACGGCUACUCGGGAGACGACUGCUCGGCGCUCGCCUGCCCGGCGAACUGCAACGGCAGGGGCCGCUGCGUGGACGGGCGCUGCGCAUGUGACGGCGGCUACGAGGGAGAGAGCUGCGCGCAGCUGAGCUGCCUCGACGGCUGCCAGGACAGAGGCCGCUGCGAGAGCGGCCGCUGCGUCUGCGACGAAGGCUUCAUCGGGGACGACUGCUCAGGAGUGUCUCCUCCAAAGGACCUGAGUGUCGGCGAGGUGACCUCUGACACGGUGGCGCUGUCGUGGAACAACGAGAUGCUGGUGACGGAGUACCUCGUGACCUACGCGCCCACCGGCCCCGGCGGCCUUCACAUGGAGCUCGCCGUGCCGGGGGACGAGACGGCGGCCACCGUCAAAGGGCUCGAACCCGGCAUCGAGUACCAGAUCAACGUCUACGCCGUCCUGAGCAACAAGACGAGCGUGCCUGUCGGCGCCAGGGUGGCCACGGAGCUUCCCAGGCCGGAGGGCGUGAUAUUCAAAUCGGUGAGAGAGAGCUCGGUGAAGGUGACGUGGGACCAGCUGGACGUCCCCUUUGACGGCUGGGAGAUCUAUUUCCGCAACACGAAGGAAGAAAAUGGAAAAGUGGCGAGCACGCUUCCGCCUUCUCAAAACUGGUUUGUCCAGUCAGGCCUCGGGCCGGGUCAGGAGUACGAAGUCUCCAUCAACGUCGUCAAGAACAACACCAGAGGUCCCCAGACAUCCAAGAGAGUCACUACCAAGAUUGACGGCCCCCGGCAGCUGGAGGUGAAGGACGUGACGGACUCCUCCGCUCUGGUCGUCUGGUCCCAGCCGGCGUCUCCCACGGACCGACUCGCCAUGGUCUACGGUCCCAGCGCCGAACCCUCGGACAAAACCAGAGUGGACGUCCCCCCCGCGGACAAGCAGCACAGCCUCGGCGCCCUGAGGCCGGACACCGAGUACAAGGUGUCGCUGGUCUCCAGCAGCGGGGGCCUCAGCAGCCACCCGGCCGUCGCCACCUUCACCACAGCCCUGGACCCCCCCGUGGACCUUCGGGCCGUGUCCCAGACUGAGGACAGCGUCACCCUGGAGUGGACCAACAGCCGGGCCGACGCCGGCGGCUAUCUGGUGAAGUACAGCCCCAUCUCCGGAGCGACCCACGGGGAGGAGCUGUUCCCACGAGGCCCGGGACAAACCACCAGAGCCACCAUCACCGGGCUACACCCGGGCACGGAGUACGGGAUCGGUGUUACCGCCACGAAGAACGAGAGGCAGAGCCUCCCCGCCACCACCAACGCUGCAACCGAUAUCGACCCCCCUACGGACCUGGAGGGGACGGAGUCCACGGAGACCUCCCUCUCCCUGAGGUGGCGGAGACCUCGUGCCCGAGUGGGCGCCUACCGGCUGGAGUUCUCCUCCUCCUCCGGGGGGGGGGACGGCCCGGUCGGCGAGGUGGAGAUCCCCGCCACGGCCACCAGCUACGUCCUGUCCGGCCUGACUCCCGGGAUGAGCUACAACCUGACUUUGGCCGCGGAGAGGGGGCUCAAGAGGAGCCCACCGGUCACUGUAUCUGCAUCCACAGCCUCUUUCACGUUUUAUUUAGCUGACUCGGGCGACCGCGAGCGCUCGUCUCCCAGAGGCUCGGAGGACAAUGCCGUUAGCUCCGCGUUCUUAGACCCCUCCGAGUCCCCGAUCUCUGUCGGGACGGAGCCCGAGGACGAGCUCGGGGAGCUGACCGUCUCGGGCGUCGCGCCCGACGGAUUUGACCUCACGUGGAGGCUAAAGGCUCGCGGCGUCCACGGUAGUCUGGCGGUAGAGUGUAAAGACGCUCGGGCGUUGUGGGAUGCGAGCGAGGCCCGGCUCCCUGGAGAGGCCACUGGCUCCAGCGUCCGGGGCCUGAAUGCGUCCACCGAAUAUCAAAUAACACUUUAUGGGAUUACUGGUAGCCAAAGAUCUGCGCUACUUGAAGCUGUCGCUGUCACAGCACCCGAGCCCACCUCUCCAGAUGUGCUCAUGCUGAGCGUCCAAGAUGCCACAACAGCUGCUCAAAGCGCAGAUCCCCCCCUUCUUCCAAACCCCCCCAAUUCCGGCGAGAGCUCUGGCCCGGUGGACGUUUCGGGGGAUCAUGUGACCACGCAACCGGGUGUGGAGGGAUUGUCCUCCCCCACGCGAUAUGAUAUCACAUUGCAAGGGGAGCGAUCUUUAGUGUUUCCCACCACAGAGGAGCCGAGGAGGCGCGUGGCGGUGAACCUCACCACCUCUGACAUCACGUGGGACGGCUUCACCGCCUCCUGGCUCCCCGCCGGGGGGGACUUUGAAGGCUUCGUCAUUGAGGUGACGAACCUGGAGAACGAGGAGGAGAGCCAGAGCCUCAGCCUGUCCGGGGACGCUCUCAGCCUGGUCCUCUCGGGGCUCCGCCCCCACACCCGCUACCUGGUGGGCCUGUACGCCAGGUACCGCGGCUCCCUCCUGCAGCCCGAGUACACCCAAGCCACCACAGUGAACCAACCAGUGGUUGGAAAACUAUAUAUUUCAAACUUAACGUCAGAGAGCUUUACAAUCUCCUGGAACGGCACUGAAGGGGAACUUGACGGUUUUACCCUGGAGGUGAUCGAUUCCGAUUGGCUGACGGAGCAAAAGGAAUAUAACGUGUCCCGCGGCGUAGAGUCCCUGGAGGUGACGGGGCUCCGGCCCAGCACCGACUACGUAGCCUACGUCUACGCCACCUCCAAGGGAUCCCGCACCAGCCCCGUCAGUAUUGUCGCAUCAACAGCCGAGGAGCCCGAUUUGUCCGGGCUAGUCGUGUCUAACGUUACCUCGGACAGGUUUUCUCUGUCGUGGCGGGCCGGCGGCGGCGGCGGCAAGGCGUUUGAUAACUUUAUAGUGGAAGUCAGAGAGUCUGCUUUGCCCUCGCAGGCGAUGGGGCGCGCGCUGGCGGGGGACGCGCGCUCCACGGUCAUGGCCGGCCUCAAGGCGCGCACGAGCUACGACGUAAAGCUCUACGCCAGCGCCGGCGGCCGGAGCACGCCGCCCCUGUUCGCCGUGGCCACGACAGAGGACGUCCCGCGGUUGGGGCCCCUAGCCGCGGCGCCCGUGAGCCCGCAUAACCUGAGCUUGUCCUGGAGCGCCGUGUCGGGCCACUUCGACGGCUUUGUCGUCCGGGUCAGUGACCGCGAGCGGCGGUCCGACGCGCUGGAGCUCAGGCUGCCCGGCGAGGCCCGUAACGUUACCGUCGCUAACCUGGCGGACGCCACGGCCUACGAUAUCGAGCUCUAUGGCGUCUCUCACGGGCGCCACACUCCCUCCGUGUUAGCCCACGCCGUCACAGCUCCUUUGCCUAAAGUGGAGAACUUGACUAUUUCCAACGUAACGCCGUACGGCUUCCGCGUGUCGUGGGCGGUGCAGCAGCAGCAGGAGGAGAAGAAGGAGGAGGAAUCGGCCCCCUCUAGUGGCGGCUUCAGGCACUUUCAGGUAGUGGUGACAGACUCCGGCUGGCUGCUGGAGCCUCAGGAGUUCACCGUGCCAGGAAACCAAAGCCACCUGGACGUCUGGGGCCUCAUCACCGGCAUAGGCUACGAGGUCCGGCUGACCGGCGUGUCCGAGUCGGGCCUCCUCUCCCGGCCUCUGACCACAGUGGCUGCGACAGAGGCCGAGCCGGAGGUGGAGCAUCUCUUCGUCUCGGACGUCACGGCGGACGGUUUCCGUCUGUCGUGGGCGGCCGACGGCGAUUUGUUCGACCGCUACGUGAUCCGAGUACGAGACGCCAAGCGGGCGGCCCGGCCGCGAGAGUACGGCGCCGGGGGCGGCGAGCGGACCAAGGUCCUCACGGGGCUCGCCAGCGGCACGGAGUACGAAAUAGAGCUUUACGGCGUCUCGCUGGACCAGCGCUCCCAACCGGUCACUGGGCUCGCCCAGACAGGCCUGAGCACCCCGAGAGGACUCAGCUUCUCUGACGUGACGGGUUCCUCCGCCGUGGUCCACUGGUCCGCGCCUCGCUCCCCAGUGGACGGCUACCGCAUCACCUACGUGCCCGAAGGAGGAAGCCCCCUGUCGGUCACCGUGGGCGGAGACGUGUUCGAGGCUCUGCUGCCCGACAUGAUCCCCGGGAAAACGUACCAGGUGACCGUGAGUGCCAUGAAGGGACUCGAGGAGAGCGACCCCACCACCGACACUGUGAUCACAGCUUUGGACAGGCCUCAGGGUCUGAGAAUGGCUAAUGUCACCGACACCUCGGCCCUGUUGCUGUGGCAACCGUCCGUGGCAACAGUCGAUGGCUACGUCAUUACCUACAGCGCUGAUUCCGUGUCCCACGUGGUGGAGCACGUUUCUGGGGACACGGUGGCGUUCCAGAUGGGCUCCUUGGUUCCCGCAACCCGCUACGCCGUCGGCGUGCACGCCACCAAGGAAGCUCGCCGGAGCGACUCCGCCGGCACGGAGUUCACCACCGACGUUGAUCCUCCCCGUGAUGUCACGGCCUCGGACGUCGGAACGGACAGCGCGACCCUCACGUGGAGGCCUCCGCAGGCGGCGUUGACCGGCUACACGCUCAGCUUCUACCCGGCCGACGGCGCUGUCAGGGAGGUGGUGCUCAGCCCCACGGCGUCCUCCUACGUCAUGGCGGAGCUGGCCGGCUCCACGGAGUACAGCGUGAGGCUGCAGGCCAUCGCCGGAUCCCAGAGGAGUCGCCACGCGGACGCCGCCUUCACCACCGUGGGACGCCCGCACAGACGCCCGAAGGACUGCGCCCAGGUUUUGCUGAACGGCGAGACGAGCUCCGGCCUGCACACCGUCUACGUGGGGGGGGAGCAGGGGCAGCCCGUCCAGGUGUACUGCGACAUGACCACGGACGGCGGCGGGUGGAUGGUUUUCCUCAGGCGGCAGAACGGAAAGUUGGAAUUCUUCAGGAACUGGAAGAACUACACGGCCGGCUUCGGCAACAUGAACGAGGAGUUCUGGCUGGGUCUCUCCAACCUCCAUAAAAUCACGAGUUCUGGCCACUACGAGCUGCGAGUGGACCUGAGGGACAACGGCGAGUCGGCCUACGCGCAGUACGACAAGCUCACCGUCGCGGAGCCCAAGACGCGCUACAAACUGCACGUGGGGGCGUACAGCGGGACGGCAGGCGACUCCAUGACGUACCACCAGGGCCGGCCCUUCUCCACCUUCGACAACGACAACGACAUCGCCGUCACCAACUGCGCCUUGUCGUACAAAGGAGCCUUUUGGUAUAAAAACUGUCAUCGCGUCAACCUCAUGGGGAAAUACGGCGACGACAGCCACAGCAAGGGGAUCAACUGGUUCCACUGGAGGGGCCACGAGCACUCCAUCCCGUUCGCAGAGAUGAAGAUCAGGCCGGCCGACUUCAGGAAUAUUGAAAGCAGAAAAAAACGAUCGUAGACCCGUGGAACCCCCCCACCCCCCCCCAUAACUUCCAACAGCCAUUAAUCAAUCAUUCGUAGCGUCCCAAUUUGGAACCGCUGCGUACGUGUGCUUUGUAUAUUUAAGAGUUUGAGCCCAAAUGGACACGAGUGUCAUUGGGGCCAAACAUAUGUCGUCAUACGGGGGGAGUCCUUGUAGAAUUGUGUAAGUGGAUCCACUGAAGCGGUAACAUGUCAACGGGCACAUAGUCAGAGGGCGUCACACCCCCUAAAAUAACUGAAAGUUAAUUAAAUGUCAAUUUCCUCCGGCACAAUUUAUCUGAACUCUAUGAAGUAUGUAUUUACAAAGAGGCCACUAAUACCACUGAAUUCCUACUUUAAUUUUUUUUCUUUUUUUUUGAUAGAAAGACUCUUUGUAACCUUCAAUACAAAUAAAAGAUCUUAGUUGGAUAGUUGUGUGUGAGCUCUUUGAGGAAAGAGGUUGUUUUACACGUUGGUGCCACUUGGUGGCAGCGUCGCCUCUGACUGCAAAACGUAUCGUUCAUUCCACCGACCCCCCCCCCCCCCCGCA